AUGGAAGCCAGAUCUACAAUGAUCUCGACCGACCGGAAUGACGGAUCUCCUUCGCAGCCAGUACUCGUCAGGGCAUAUACUCCUGAGACCAACAAUGCUCGGUCGUCUACAAAGAUGUCUUCAAACCCCACAGCACAGCAAAUAGAUCUACCCCCAGUUGAAGAAUUUGGCAUUGAUGCAAUUCUUCGCGCAAUUGAACCGGAUAUCCGGAGCACAUUAGACUCCAUCGCGGAAAUAUGCGGCAGGAGCAAACUGAGUCUCGCAAAUGAAUAUGGAAGCCAUAUUGCUCCAUUUGGCGAGGUUAACGCUCCUCCGGGCAAUCUUCUAGCUAUCCAAGAGACCGCUGCAGAUAAUGCCGAAAGUUCAACAGACGUCGAUGGCCAUAUUGUGAUUGUUGACGAUGACAAUCAUCUAUAUGAUUCACCCUUAGGUCUACUAGACGAUCUCCGGCAGACGGCAUUGGCGACUGGGUACCAACAGACUUCACGGGCAGUCCAUGAAGGUGACGUGAGUGACCCUCGUACUGGAGCUGCGAGACACGGAAAGAAUCCCGAGCACAGGACGCAAGCUUCGGCAUUCCCAGCAACAAGGAUGAACGAAUUCGCUGUCACAUCAAAAUCAGCUAGUACGGCCCUCUUAGGGUACACCGCGUCGAAAACCAAGGCUACCAAAUCAUCAACCACAACUUCUCCAGCUUUACUCUCCGAGAUUCGCCUAUAUGCUCAAGGGAAUAGGUCCUCCUGGCCAUCGGUGCCUCCAGAUACACCAAAGGGCUCUCCUGUACUGCACGCAUCAUCAUUCACUGGCAACGCUAGUCGUACUCAAAACACCGUGGCUGACAGAAUUUCUUUCUUGGCUGAAGUACAAGAUUGGCUGAAUUGGUUGAAGAGUGUUGUUCAGCGAGAGACUGCAAAUCAGGUGGCCUGUUCUCACUCAUAUUCCGCAGAGAAUUCUCUGAGGGCAUUACUUGUUAGGGAUCAGGACCAUGGCGUUCCCGUUCCCACGGCAUAAAGGGAAUUUGGUUGACAAUCUUAGCAUUAAGAU